AUGGUGGAAUACGGCGGGUUCAGUAAAUGCAAGUAUUUCACAGGUAGUAUACUGAAAUAUAGGAUAUCGACCUCCACCGUCCUCAAGUGCCCUCCACCGUCCUCAUGCGCCCUCCACCGUCCUCAUUCGACCCCCACUCUCCUCAUUCGACCUCCACCGUCCUCAUGCGACCUCCACCGUCCUCAAGCGCCCUCCACCGUCCUCAUGCGCCCUCCACCGUCCUCAUUCGACCUCCACCGUCCUCAUGCGCCCUCCACCGUCCUCAUGCGCCCUCCACCGUCCUCAUGCGCCCUCCACCGUCCUCAUGCGCCCUCCACCGUCCUCAUUCGACCUCCACCGUCCUCAUGCGACCUCCACCGUCCUCAUGCGCCCUCCACCGUCCUCAUGCGCCCUCCACCGUCCUCAUUCGACCUCCACCGUCCUCAUGCGCCCUCCACCGUCCUCAUGCGCCCUCCACCGUCCUCAUGCGCCCUCCACCGUCCUCAUGCGCCCUCCACCGUCCUCAUGCGCCCUCCACCGUCCUCAUGCGCCCUCCACCGUCCUCAUGCGCCCUCCACCGUCCUCAUGCGCCCUCCACCGUCCUCAUGCGCCCUCCACCGUCCUCAUUCGACCCCCACCGUCCUCAUUCGACCUCCACCGUCCUCAUUCGACCUCCACCGUCCUCAAGCGCCCUCCACCGUCCUCAUGCGCCCUCCACCGUCCUCAUUCGACCUCCACCGUCCUCAUUCGACCUCCACCGUCCUCAUGCGCCCUCCACCGUCCUCAUGCGCCCUCCACCGUCCUCAUUCGACCUCCACCGUCCUCAUUCGACCUCCACCGUCCUCAUGCGCCCUCCACCGUCCUCAUUCGACCUCCACCGUCCUCAUGCGCCCUCCACCGUCCUCAUGCGCCCUCAACCGUCCUCAUGCGCCCUCAACCGUCCUCAUUCGACCCCCAACGCCCUGGUUCGACCCCAACCGCCGGGCCUCAAAACCUUCUCAUACAAACAUUACAUUCUUGCGAUCAUUGUGA